AUGUUGGACAUGCAGCACGUCUUCGCCUCGUCCUGGAGCGCGCGCGCCGGGUUGCCGAUCAAUUUGUCCAUGUCUUGCUUCCUCGGGCUGUUGGGUAGCAGCAUCACCGCCGGACAGGGUGUGGGCGGCGCCGACCACACGUACAUCAAGCAGUUCAUGGACUGGCUGAACCACGUCAUGCCGCCGCGCGGACUCAACGGCCGAAACCUGAACCAGAUCACGCACACCCAGACGGACCUGCUGGCUGAGGACGGCAGGCGCCGCAGGGGCGGCAGUAAAGGUGCCCAUGGCGAAGACCGAGGUAAAGGUGGUGGCAGCGGCCAUGAGUUGUUAGCUGUUCAGCAGCAGCAGUGGUGGCGGCGAUCGCUCCGAAGCUCCGCACAGCCGUCCGAACACGAGUUCCUCAACGGUGCCAUCCCGGUGAGGAUGACCCGCGGGUCGGUCAAAGGGCCUUUGGGCCAUAGAGAACCACUUCAAUUCCCGUUAAUCUAUUCACGUGCCGCUGGGCAGGGUUCCCCCCGUCGUGAACUGGAGCGCCUGCUUCGCAAGGUGCUCAACCUGCCGUCCAACCCGGCUGUGGUGCUGGUCAACAUGUUCGCCAUGGGGCCCUCCCACCGCAAAUAUUGGUACACUGCGGAGCGCGACUUUAUGGAGUUCGCGACCUACUACAGCCUGCCCGCGGUGAGUCUCAAGUCCGCGGUGCUUCCCUCCGCUUACGUGGGGGGUGCGGAGGAGAUGUCGCUGGGCGGCAUCUUCAACGGCGGCCUCAACCACCCGGGUCGUGGCGGCCAUGUCGUCAUAGCCGAGGUGCUCAUCACGCUCUGCACGGCCCUGGUGCAGCAACCUGUGGACGGCUGGAAUUGGACGGAUGAAGGUCGUGGGAAGUGGGGCUAUGUGGCCACCGAGCCGGGGAAGACCAUCAGGUUCAAGGUCAACACCCAGCUGGCUGGCAGUCGGUCGGAGGAGCACCUGGAUGCGCCCAUCGUGCUGCAGAUCGCGCACCUGCAGAGCUACCGCGGCAUGAGCACCGCCAAGCUGUCGUGUGUGUCGGGCUGCACCUGCACGUCCGAAACCAUUGACGCCUUCAGCAGCCGGAUCGUCUCCCUGACCGCAAUGAAGGAUAUCAGGGUAUCCCAGCACCCGGAGUGCGUCAUUGAGCUGCAGUCCGGAGGUCCCAGUCCGGCGGCACUGCGCACGGAGAGAGACCACAGCAGCGGCAGCGGCCACACAAAUGACAGUCGCGGUGACAGUGGCGACCGGCAGGCGGCGCAAGGGCACAAGUUCAAGCUGAUGGGUGUCGUGGUGGGUGAGGAGCCGGGGGCACGCGCGGGUAACGUGGAGUAUGUGCGCCAGGAGAGCCACAACCUGUGGCAGCGUGUGCGCAACACCGCGGGUCGACUGCUCGUGAGCUUGCGCUUGCACCUGCUGCGAUUGCACUAG